GACCAGAGGGUUGCACGUUUCAGCUACUGUCUUGCACAUUUCACCUACUCUCUAAGACUGCCAUUUCCGUGGAGAGAGAGAGAGUGUUCAGUGGAGAGAAAGAAUCAAUGGGGAUGAAGUCAAGAAUAUGGGAGUUGCUGCCGUUCGCGGCGAUGGUGGUGGUGGAGAUUCUGGACGUGGGAUUAACCACACUUAGUAAAGCAGCCAUGUCCGGAGGAAUGAGCCACUUUGUCUUUGUUGUCUACUCCAAUGCUCUUGCCACUCUCAUCCUCCUCCCUUCUUCUUUCAUCAUCCACAGAAACAACAGGCCACCACUUACUUUCACCGUCCUCUGUAAAUUCUUCCUCCUCAGCCUCGCUGGGAUAACUGUGAUGCAGAAUUGUAUAUUUACUGGAGUAAGCUACAGCUCCCCCACUCUUGCAUCUGCCUUGAGCAACUUGAUCCCGGCUUUCACUUUCCUUCUUGCUGUCGUCUUCAGAAUGGAGAAGUUAAAUUUGAGAAGCUUAAGAAGCCAGAUCAAAAUUCUGGGCACUCUGGUAUCCAUCUCAGGAGCAUUGAUAGUCACUUUCGUUAAAGGUCCUCCAAUCGUGUUGUUUCCAAUCAAAACUGUUGACUCUUCUCAAUUAAACCCAUCUGUCUCUGAUGUGUUUCCACUGAGUAAUUGGGUCACUGGAGCCCUUUUUAUCACAACAGCUUGCUUAUCUCUUUCGAUAUGGAACACCGCUCAGGCAGCAGUUCUUAAGGGGUACCCAUCAGAGAUGACCAUAGUCUCCUUCUAUUGCUUCUUUGGGACCAUUCAAUGUGCAAUACUUUCUUUCUUUGUAGAAAGGAAUGCAAGUGCCUGGGCACUUAAACUUGAUUUGGAGCUCGCAGCGAUCGCCUAUUCGGCUGUUUUUGGAAGUGUAGUAACAUUCUCUACUCAAACAUGGUGCAUAAGAAAGAAAGGACCUGUAUUUGUGGCUAUGUUCAAGCCUCUAGGGAUUGCCAUUGCUGCCUUAAUGGGUGCCAUCUUCCUUGGUGACACACUCUAUACUGGAAGUGUGAUUGGGGCAGUGGUAAUUGUGGUGGGUUUCUAUGGGGUAGUAUGGGCGCAAUCAAAAGAGCAAAAUGGUCCGGACCAAAAGAAAGAGGAAAAGUUUGAAGACUCGCAUGAGGCUGAUGAUCGGCAACAGACGACGCCUCUCCUCAAGACCCACACACAUGUAUGAUUUGCAUUCCCUACCCCUAUAUAUACGUGUACACUUAUAAAUGCGAUAUCAGACGGGUCCACUCGAACUCAGUCUCAAACGCUUGAUAAACGCUCUUACCUAAUUGAACUAUUUAUAAGCUCUUUGCAAAUACA